CGUUACAUUACUCGUGAACGUCCUUGAGAACACUUCAAGGGCAUCUAGUGUCUCAUGGUGUCCGAUACUUCAGAAGGUAGAACGAUAUUUAUCAGAAACCUAUCCUUUGAUGUGGAAGAAGAUGCGUUGUACAAAUUUUUUUCACAAUUCGGACCGCUAGAAUUUGCGAAAGUAGUUAAAGAUCCAGCAACACAACAUUCCCGUGGUACAGCCUUUGUAAAGUUUGUAAAUGCUGAGGAUGCAUCAAAUGUCUUACAACAAUCUGAUAAACCUGAGAAUGCUCGUCAAUUUUCUUUGGAAAACCGAACUUUAAACAUAACGAUUGCUGUUUCUAGAACAGAGGCACAAAAUCUACGAAAAAGGAAACAUGAAGAUGAUGCUUCAGAGGGUUUUGCAGGCCCUGCAGAUGCUGUAAAGCAAAAGGGACGCAAUUUGCAUUUAGCAUCUAUUGGAAUUAUUCGUCCUGGAUCAUCUGAAGCUGAAGGUUUAAGCAAAGAAGAUUUAGCUAGAAGGGAUGCAUUAUUGCGAGAGAAAAAGAAAAAACUAACUGAUCCAAAUUAUUUUAUUAGUGAUGUUCGAUUAUGUUUACGUAAUCUACCCUUACAUGUAUCUGAUGAUGACUUAAAGUCUGCUUGCAUGAAAUUUCUAAAGAAAAGUACGGACCACCGGAUUGUAGAAUGUCGUAUUAUGCGUAAUCUCCAACCAGGCAGACAACAAUAUCGUUCACUUGGCUAUGGAUUUGUUGCAUUUACCAAUCAUGAAAAUGCAUUAAAUGUAUUGCAUGGCUUAAAUAAUAAUCCGAAUGCAUUCCCACCUAGUAAUCGACGACCAAUUGUUGAAUUUUCAUUGGAAAAUAUGAGAGCAUUACAAUUAAAACAGAAAAGAGCAGAAAAAUGUUUGAUGCUUCAAUCUAAAGCCAAAGAAUCAUCAUCAUCAUUAUCAUUAUCAACAUCACAAUUAUUCCCAAAGAAUAUUAAGAGAAAUGGACAAAUCACUAAAUCUUUAUUAUCAUCGAAAUUAUCUCAUUCAAUAAUAUAUAAAAAGUCUAAAAUCAAUAAUCAUUUUAAUUCUAUUAACAAAUCAGAUAAGAAAUUAUUUUUAUCAAAACAUUUCGGUUCAAAAAAACGUCAUUGUUAUCGUUAUCAUGAACAAUUAGUAAAAGUAUCAUUAAAAUUAAAACAUAAAAAAACUCGUAAACAAAAACAUGCAACAAACAAAAUAUAUAAAAUGUAAUCUUAUAUAUAUACAUAUUCGUCAAGUAGUUUGUUUGUUUGUUUGUUUGUU